AUGGCUCGGUCGAGGGGUGGCCUGUGUGUGUGUGUUACUGAGGUGACGGGGGUGGGACCCGUCGCCAAGGCGCCGUGUGGUGGCGGCCGUGGUGGGGGGGGGGGGAGCCGGGCAAGGGAGCGGGAUUAUUAUGGGAUGGAGGCGGGAGCGCUGAGGAGGGGAGGGGCUUGGCCGGGGCUUUUUUUUUCCCCUUUAAGAGGCGGCGCUGGAGCCGGAGCCAUUUUCCCUUCAGCGGCGUCGAGAAAUAAGAAGCCGGGGCGCCCGGAGUCGGGUGAGGGCGGGAGAGGGGCAGAAGCCCAGAGAGGGGGCGGGGGGGGGGGCCUUUUUGUGGGGGGGGGGAGAAGGAGGGGAAAGCGCCCUAGAUAUUGGGGGGGGGGGGGACGGACGAGGCAGGAGAGCCGCCGGGUUUCCCGGCUGCACCGCCGCCCUGCAACCCGGGCGACCCGCCGCCGCCUGAGGGAAGCGGAGCGACCCCCCCUCGCCAAACGCCCCCUUUCUCCCCUCCCCCCCUCACACAACUCCCCACAGCCUCUCAGGGUGGGGGGGAAGAAGGGGGUGGGGUGCCCUCGUCUUUCUUCUUGGGGGCGGGCUGGAGAAUAUUAGCCCCCCCCGACACGUGUUAGGGGGGUGCCUUGUAUGUGGGGAUAGUAUCUCUUCAGUUUCCCCCCAACCCGUGGCAAGAGGAAACCCCCCCGUCCCAAACCUCGACCUUCCUUGCCAUAGCGCCCCCCCCCAACCUCAACCUUCAAUAACUGCUCUUCUCAGCCAGCCCCAAAAGAAAUGUUCUGGUUUGGGUCUUUUAUUUUAUUUUAUUUUUUUUCCCCGACCCCCCAGUUUGGGUCUUUCCCUCUCCCCCCUCUUUCCCAUAGCUAGGAGGAGUGGGACGGGUCCGACAAGUUUCUCAGCUUCCUUCGAAGCCGCCUUUUUGUUUUACAGCCUGGUCCAGAACUUUAAUUUCCUUAACCUGUUUAUGUCAGAAGGGAAACGGGGAGUUAAGCUUUUUAUUUUAUUUUUUUCAAUCCCAACUGCCCAUCAAGGGACGCCAGGACGUCCAUUCUCGGCCAGAGAAGAAUGAGUGGGCUUUGUAAAAAAUAAAUAAAAAAUCAGCCCCUCAUUUCUUAUAGCAUUUCCAUUGCGUGUCUUUUAGGGAGUGGGCGUUUUUUCCCCUUCUUUUUUUUUGUCCAGGAGCUGAAACAAACUCUCUGGGUGGUGGUGGUGGCUUUGAAUUAUGGUAGCUUUGACCACAGAGGCGCCACCAAGAGGCAUUUCUUGACCCAUGGGAGGUGGGUUGCUCCAGGCUUUUGUUUCCCACCCCCAGGUUUUGUCUGUCCAAAAUACAGGUGGAACCAAACUGGGAAACCCCAAGUCGGUGGUGCCUGUCAACAUCCUCAUAAUAAUGAGACGGUGACUCGGAUUAAUUUGGCAUUGGCCUGAAGGCCUUCUGAGAUGAGGGCUUGGACCAAGCUGCUACCUAGUUGUCUGGCCCUCCCUGCCGCUGCCACCUUUCUCCAGAGAUCCAGAGGCUGGUUUUUGGCUGUUUCUUAUAAAAAGGCUGUGACUUUUAAGCUUUCUUUCCUUCUCUCUCCCUAUAGCCCGUUGCUGGCCUUAGCAGCAAGGAGGCGCCGAGAUAG